AUUAAAAUUUGUUAUUUUCAAUAACACCUUGUCAUUAACGCAGAUGACAUGAUGCAUUCCGGUAUCUCUGACAUCUGAUGAAACCUCAUCCCACUGGCUGACAAGGCUGAAAUGUAUUGGGUGAAAGGCAGAAUGAGUUAAUAAAAUAAUUACAGCUUCCAAAGCUGUCACCUGAAGCUUGUGUUUUAUCUCAAGGAUAGGAACCCACAUUCAAGAUGUUGGAGGGGCUGGCAGCCUGGGUUCUGAAUACAUACGUUGGGGAGUAUGUGGAGAAUCUGAACACUGACCAACUCUCUAUAGCUCUGCUAAAGGGGGCUGUUGAGUUGGACAAUCUUCCUCUUAAAAAGGAUGCCCUGAAGAGCUUAGACUUACCAUUGGAAAUCAAGUCAGGGUUUAUAGGUAAGAUCACAUUGCAUAUCCCCAUGAGAAGAAUGAGAAGUGAACCCUGGGUGAUUUCCAUGGAGAAGCUGUAUUUGGUGGCUGGCCCGCUGAAGAGAACUCAGUAUUCUGUGGAGCAGGAGAAGGCAAAUGAAAUGGCUCAGAAAGAGGCUAUGCUGAAGGCCUUAGAGGACAAGUGGCAGGUGCAGGGUGGGGACAGCUCAGCUUCUUCAUGGUUCGCCUAUGGUACCUCCCUGGCAUCAAAUAUACUGGAGAAUCUUCAGUUGAAUGUGAAAGAGGUCCAUCUGCGUUAUGAAGACAGUGAGCUUAUACCUUCCUGCCCAUUUGCCUGUGGCGUCGUCAUCAAGAGUCUCUCUGCCCAGAGUACUGAUGGACAGUGGAUUCCCAAGUUUGUGAGUCGUGCAGCAACUGACAUGAUGAGGAAGCUUGUGGACCUACAGAACUUCGCUGUGUACAUGGAUACAGACGCUGUCAUGUUGGGAGGGCUGCCACGCGAAAAGCUCAUGAAAGCACUGGAAAAUGACAAGUACCAGACAAGCAGCACAAAAGUCUUCAAGGCUCAUGACUACAUCUUAUCGCCUGUGAGUGCUCAAGCCAAGAUGACGAGGAACACAUCCCCUCUUCCUCUGAGAUCCGCCAAGAGUCCGCGCAUCACCCUGGACAUACUGCUGGGGCAGAUCCCGGUCUCCCUCAGUGAGGUGCAGUACCGGGGGUUCGUUGUGUGGCUGAAGGAGUUUGAGAGACAUGACAAACAGAGGAAGUACCGCAAGUGGAAGCCUAUGUGUAGUGUGAAGAAAAGGCCUCGUGAGUGGUGGAAGUUUGCUAUAGGAGUUCAUCAUCACCAGAUCCAGGAACGUAACAGAAGAGCCACAUGGAAGUUUGUUCUCAAGCGCGCCAGAGAGAUCGUUCUGUAUCACAAAGCUUACACACGGCACCUAAAUAAUGAAUAUGUAGAUGGCAAGCAGAAACUUCUUAUGACAAAGAUGGAAGGAGAGAUGAACUUUGAAGAAUUGAAGAUUCUCCGAGAGUUAACAUAUGAGAAGCUGAAGAAGGAGAACAUGGAUGAAGUGGAGAGGACAGAGCAUGAAGAAAAGAAAGCCACAGCAUCUAGCACGUCUCUCCCUCCACCAAAUGAAGAGUCGUCCCAGGGUGGAGGAGGUCUCUUCCAGGGCUGGUUCCCAGGGUGGGGUGGCUGGUACGGCCGGGGGUCACAGCCAGCCAGCACAACAGAGCGUCAUCAUACGGCUCAGAGUGUAGGGGAACCACCUUCGCACUCAGACCUACAGAUAGAGCAGGAGAUCAGAGAUGUGAUACAAAACAGUGCAGAAGACAACACCUUGUUGAGAAGAGAUGCAGUGUUUGCUGUGCUAAAUUUUACUCUCAAGAGUGGCUCAUUCUCUCUAAAGGCGAGCGAUUUUAAAACAGGAGCAUCCAGCAGCAAUCAGAGUAUCUUAGAGAUGGAGUGUACGGCAAUCACGUCCACGGUGGUAUCCCGACCCAGGACCGGGGCCCUCAAGUUUGACAUCAGUAUUGGAGGGCUGUACUUACGUGAUCGCAUGACAAAGGGCACAAUAUUCAACACACUGGUGGCACCUCAGACAGUUGAUAGAGUUCAGAACCGGCCAAUGUCCAAUGUCCAGCGUCCAAUGUCUACGGCUUCAAAGAGUUCAGGGUUUGGCCUGUUCAACCCAAUCACCAAACCUGAUGAUGGCAAGUUAUUCCAGCUGAGCUGGGAGAGAAAACCACCAGGCACUGAUGCUUAUUACAGGUUGAGUAUGCAGACGAAGCCGUUUGACAUUGUCUACAAUCCUGCUGCUGCCAAAAGAGUGUCUGAUUUCUUCACUAACCCAAACAAACUGGGCAUGGCAUCCAAUCCCUCAGGACUUAAGCUCACAGCUGCGGCCCGUACUCGUAUUGAGAGGAUGAAGGAACAGACCAAAGUGGAGCUUAAACACACCCUGGACAGCCUGAUGGAGGGAGAAGCGAAGCCGACUAACAGAUGGGAGGUAAACCUGGACAUCUCGGCCCCACAGUUUAUCAUUCCUGAGGACUUCUGUGAUGCUAACUCUAGUAUGGUGGUGCUGAACCUGGGCAACUUGCGCUUCCAUAACAGUGCCCCAAAACCCGAGCCCACAACCCCUGGGGAGUCCACAGAUGAAGAUCAGACAUCAGAGGAUGACUUCAUGACGCCACUGUCCACUCCGCCAAAUGAGAUGGUGGAGCAGGCCGAGGUUCCAAAGACCAAGACAGCCCCUGCCCCAGACUUCUCCCAGCUUCAAAACCUCUCAGAAUCAGCUCUACGCCAGAGACUCUAUGAGAAAUAUAUCUUGGAAUUGUCUGACCUUCAAGUAUUGGUGGGCAAGGCCAAAGACAACUGGAGACACGCCCACUUCAAAGGGACCAGUCAUUUACACGUGAUUGAUAGAUUCAGCAUUUCCCUCCUCUUUGAAAGACGUUUAUUGUUUACCACAGAUCCUCAGUGGCCCAGUGCCACCUUAUCAGGGACGCUUCCCAGUUUGACUGUUCACAUCAACGAACAAAAGGUGCAAGCCUUGAGAACAUGUAUGUCUCUGGUUACUGGAGAUGGGAAGCCUUCAGCCAAGGCUUCAUGCUCGACUGACUCCAGCCCUGGUAUUUCAAGGUCCCCUGAGGGUUUAGCGGCGAACCAGAGUGCCACUAACAGAUUACCCAGUGGGAGUUCUAUAGGAGGAGCAGGGGAGGGGUCAGAGCGUGAGAUGGUGGAACAGUCCCGCUGGCUCAUGAUGCAGUUUACUAUCAGGGAGGCUUCACUACAGAUACAGAGUCAAGGUAAAGCCAUCGCAGAGCUGCAGGUGGGAGGGGUGAGAGCCACCCUGACUCAGAGAUCUGAUACCACCUCCGUCUCCUUCACUGUGCACAGCUUACUGGUUGUUGAUGCAGUACAAACAUUUGGGCAGGACUUUGAGCUAUUAGUAGCAUCACACAAAAACUUAUGCUUGGACAGUAGAAGUGGCAGUAUGCGGGACUCUGACCCUAACUCCCCUGUGUCCCCACAGUCCCCCCGCUCCCCCCAGGAGUCUCCCCAACCCCCAUUCUCCAGCAGCACCAGCCUACAGGCCGUACAGGCAGCUCUAACCAGCACAUUCCAAGCUCUCACAAACUCAAGAGACAGUAGUGAUGAUGCUGGCCGGCGUACCAGCCCGAGCGUUCAGCGGUUUGGAGCCCCCUUUCCUCACCCAAUGUCUCCUGUCCCUGACUCUGAGGCCCUGAUAACACUGGAUAUUGAGAUCAUCAGUCCUAACUCGCCUGAUAACCCCCCAGGGGAGUGUGGCCUACGGAUUGCUAAUAUACAGUUUAACAAUCUGGAUGUUAUAGCAAACCAAGAGACAAUUGUUGAAAUCCUUGGGUUCUUUAAGAGAAUAAUGCCUGGAGACAUGACCUCUUCAGCAGGUGUGAGUUCUAAGGACACUGCAUCAGAUGGAGGACCUGUGGCCACAAAUACAGAGACGCUGACGAGGACAGAAGUGACUGCUGACUUCAACAAACUGAACAUUCUUCUGAUGAGGGUGGUGGAAGACAAAGGGGGCAAAAGGGCGAGGAAAGUGGCCACAGCUACACUGUCGUCAGCAAAGAUACAGUCCACAAUUGAUGAGCACCUUUAUGUGGAAGGCUCCCUGGGAGGAUUACAGUUCCUGGAUGUGACUCCAGAGGGAGGGAAAUACCAGAAAGUGUUCAGUGUGGGGCAUGACCCUAACCCCCAUGGCUCCUACAGGUUUACUCUGGCUCCUAAACCAGACAUGUUUCAGACAGCUCACGAAUCUUUCACGCCGAGCAUGUCCAGAAUCUACCAGUCAGACCUGAGAGCCUUUACAUUCACUCUUAAUAAACCUGGACCGGGUCCGUCUCAUGAACCCUCAAUACAUGCAUCCCCAACAAGGCCGUGUGAAGCAUCACGGGUUAACUGCAACACUGUAGAGGUCAACCUCAAAAUGGCGUCUCUGUGUUAUACUCACUGUCCUCGACUGCUCAACGAAAUGUCUCAGUGUGCAUCAGAGUUCAAGGACUACAUGGCUAGGCUGGCUGCCUCUCUGAGGUACGCAGCCACAGAAGUGGCCAUGGGCAUCGUGCAUAAGAGAAGUGAUAUGAACACCUCUCUAUAUGGCAGCUCCUCAAGCCUAGACGCACUGCCGAUUGGGAGGAAGAAGGGGGAGCAAUCUCUGGGUAGAGACUCGUUCUGUCUUGAUGACGUCGCUGAGAUUCACCCGCCUCCAUCUCCAUCGCUGAACAUUAUAAUAGACGCCAGACUUGAGUCGCCUGUUAUCGUCUUACCCAGGACACCUGUGAGCUCAGAGGCCCUGGUAUCUCACCUGGGUACCAUCACUAUCAGAAACUCUAACCCAUGUCAGCCUGAUGACUGUGAUGAUAGUCUAAAUAUACCCAAGGAGUCUCUGCCCAGUCAAGUAAAUAAGGACAGAAUGUACAUUGAGUUUCAGAACAUGAAUCUGUAUUCAGUGAAUGUAGACCAGGACGUGUUUCUGGAUUCAUCUAAAGAGGCGUGGGGACGAGGUAAAGCCAGCGACAUUGGUGGGGGGACACAGAAGCACAACAUUCCCAUCAUCUACGACACGACCAUUGAACUAUCCAUCGAUAUGAUCGACCCCGAUUACACCAUCAUCAAUCCAAAUGUAUCUCAAGACUUCCUCUUGGAUGAGGACCUUCACCCACGUACCCAUGACUCAAUACAAAUAGAGAACAUUGAAAGUGUAAUGCUAGUCAAUGCUCGUAUUGCGACACCGCUUAACCUGGUUGUGUCAAAAAAAGUGUACGAGCAGAUCUUAGAGAGUACGGACAACCUGACAUUCGAGGGCGACUCGCCUCUACCCCAGGAGUCACACUCUCUAGGCGUCAUUAUGGAGGAGAGUCCACGUAUCGAGCCCAGUAUGUCUGCGCUAAAGCUGGACGGUAUUGAGCUGUCCUCCGUGCCGUUUGAGAGUUUUCAAGCUCAGUUAGAAGAGACGCAGAAAGCAGACAGGCCCUUGUUUAUACGGGCUAGGUUUGACGUGCCUGAAUUCAACGUUGAGAUGCGGGGAGAUUUUGGUGAAGGGGAGCAAGGCCUAGUCAACUUGAAACUGCAGAAGUUUUCUAUGAACUAUGAGAAAAAUAAUCCGUAUAGUACGAAAUUUGAUCUUGCAUUGACGACCUUGGUGAUGGAAGAUCUGCUUCAGGAACCAGACUCCAAACACCGACUUCUGAUGAUGUCUAGCGUCCCCAACGAGACACAAGAUGCCCAAAUGAAGCCUCAAAUGUUUCUGUCCACUUCAUGUCCAGACAGUACUAUCAUUGCACCCACCCCACAAAUGCCAUCUUCUCUGCCGUCCAGCUUCCAUGAACACCAGCAGAACGUCUUCACAGUUCACCAACAGAAAUCCAAGCCGUUAAUCUGGGCGCAUUUCCUUCAUUUGGUAAAAAGAUCAGCAGUCAAAGAGGACUACCCAUUAACACCGCCACCAUCCCCGCUCUUGUCACGACAGAGGUCUAGGGACGACCCCCCAGAACAUGCCCUCGUCCACAUCAAUGUGGUGCUUAUUGAUAAGAAAUCUCCAGAGUAUAUGUCUGAAUUUAACAGGACUAAUCGUUUUGUAACGGUUGAUUUCAACUGCUUGGACAUGACUGUGAACCUACAGACGUGGGUGGUUCUGCUAGACUUCCUGGGGAUGGGGGCUAAGAUUCAUGACACAAGUUCACUGGUGGACGGACGAACAGACAGUCAGGACUCUGACACACUGCCUUCCUUAGAACCUAACAAAGGUGUGACAGACGAUGUAGUGAACACUGAGGUAGAUCUGAGUGUCAAGAGCUUGUCCCUCACCCUGAAUAAGCCAGAAUACGAGCUUGCUAAGGCUAAUGUAUCCGGGCUUACCGCUCACAUGGCUAUGAGGGAUGAGAACAUGACCGUGAAGGGUCAGCUGGGCAGUAUCUCCCUUAGAGACCAGUCUCCCCAGGGGAGCCUCUAUAGGGAGAGGUUUAUGACCGUUGGCCAACAUGCCCUCCACUUUGACUUUUUCAAAUACGGUGCACCUGACCCUAACCUGGAGAGAGAGUAUGACAUCAGUCUGAAGCUGCGCAUGGCCUCAGUGAGAUAUGUCCACACUAACAGGUUCCAGGCAGAAACCUUAGCCUUUUGUCAACACUUCUUACAACUUCAGGAUGUGCUGGGAAGGAUGAGGGCUGCCUCUGCUGGCAAAAAAGUGAGUGAGACGGCCAGUAUUGGGACUCGGCUGCUCCUGGACAUGCAGGCAGACACACCUGUUAUCCUGGUACCUCACAGUUCCCGCAGCACCGACAUCCUCGUCAUGGACCUAGGAAACCUCACACUCGCCAAUAAGUUCCUGUUUGACGGCCAGCAGGGCACCAUCAGGUUCAUGUCCACAUCUGGGAAGGACACCAGCACCCCACCCCAUGCGUCCUCCCCAGGGGAUGUGGUUAAGAUACUGACUCAGCCCACAGACAACAGCCUUCUCUCUGGCUCUCAGUAUGCCCAGGGGAUGACGCAGAGCUUGUUUGAUGAGUGCUUUCCACCACAGCCUGACGUAGACCCCAUGACACGUAGCAUCUAUGGUAGCCUAGAGCAGGACUUCAGGAGUGAGGACCCCAUGACUGGGUCGUCAAACGGGGAGUUCUACGAUCCCACAGAUCAGUCUGGCACCAAUGGCGUUGCUGGGCCAUCGACAGAGUUAACCUCAAGCCAGUCAGGCUCAAUGAGCACAGAUCUCAGCCAGUCAUCCUCCAGCAGCUCAGCCAGCCCUACUAGGCCUCUGUCAGCACAGCAGCGGAGGUUAAUGUUUCAAGGAAGGGACAGGACUCUCUCAUCAUAUCAGUCUGGCAGUCUGGGUAGUCAUGUCUGUCUGCUGGAUGUUAUGACACUGCUGUUGUCAGACAUGGACUUGUUCUCUGCAGAGAGAGUGGAUAAACAUCUGUAUGAUGGGAAACUGAGUCAGGAUAUGGAGUUUCCUUCAUGUGUUGUCAAAAGAGUGGGAGGUAAUUUGCUACGCGAGAAGUGUGCCUUGAACCUGCAGGUAGAGAGGAACCUUGAAGGGGACAUCAGCCAUUCAGUUCCUGACUUCUGCGUCAAGGGCACACUGACCUCUGUCCAGUUCAGUCUGGAUCUGACCCAGUACAAACUGGUGCGGGGGAUUCUGGAUCAUAACCUGGGAGAACCCCUGGAGGAGUUCCAGAGACCCCUCAUGUCACACCUACAGGACCCCAAAAUACAGACUGUUCUGACUGGUGACGUGUGGAAGUGCAUUUCCAUGGUGAUAGACCUAAAUGACGUGACGGUGGAGCUGCUCACUGCUCACCAUGAGACUGCUCACCACACCGAAGACUCACUAGCUAAACUCAGCUUCAUCAAGUCCCGUCUGUCGUUCGAGAGCUACUCAGACCAGUCACGCGAUGUGGACCUGGUGUCACAUGAAAUUGCUGUCACGGACACGAGAUUUACCAAUGUCCCCCAAAACAAGCGCCCAAAUGUCUUUGCAAACAUCCUCAAGCCUUCCGACCACCGCCCAAGCCCAAAAAGCAUGCAGAUGGAGCUGCACUUCCGCUCCACCAAAAGUUUCAGUCGCUUUACUGCAUUGCUGAACAACAUGCGUCUCAUGUGCAUUGUGGACUGGCUGCUCACCGUACAGACCUUCCUGCUCACCACAGCUGAUGACCCGUUCCAGAGGGUGGAGAGUAAAACCCCAGAAAAGAAGCCGUUCAUCAGGUCUCAAUCUGACAGCAUGGCUUCACCACGUCCAGGCAAAUCCAAGAGCCCUCUGACAGUGUCUGGAGGAAUCGUUACCAAGAGAGGACCAUACAUUGAACAGGUUCAGGCCCCGUUUGAACUGCGAAUGAACGUGACGGACACAGAGUUUGUGGUAGUAGAGGAUAUGACAGUGUGUGACACCAGUGCUGUCAUUCUUAAGUGUACAGCUGUGAUGUCCUAUAAACCUAAGUCCAACGAGCGGCCAUUGUCCUGUAGCCUACAGAGUUUAGAGGUCUUCUCCUGCUCUCUAGAGGCGGAGGAAGAAACGGCCCUAUCCAUCAUCGAUCCCAUGACAAUAUCAAUAGAGCUGAAUGCUAACCCUGUCCCUAAGCCACGGAAGUCAGCAUCAGCAGGACUUUUAGAUGUGACACGAGAUCUGGAGAAGCCAUUAUUGCUGGAAGUGAGUUUUAACACGAUGAACAUCCGGCUGUCCUACCAUGACCUGAAGCUGUUCCUGUCUAUCCUCAACACCCUCCCUAAACUGGCUGACCAGGCCAAGGCUCCAGGUUCUUCCCAACAGGCGUACACAGAUCAGAAAGUCCAACAGCUUCACAACCUGGGCUUCCGUCCAGCAGACUGUGAGAAGGCUUUGCUAGCCAGUGGGGGCCGUAUCAAUGACGCGGCUAUCUGGCUGACCAGUCAUGCCACGCCCGUGUCUCUCACACCAGUGCAGGAGAAAUCCAAAGAUGAGCUGGACAUCACAGCUUUAGAGCUGAAGGCCACAUCCAUAUGUAUCUGCUUUAUAGAUGAUUGUCAAGAUGCAGAUGUCCCCCUGGCGGAAAUUUCCUUUAAUGGAACCACAUUUCACCAGUCUUUUGUGGAUCAGAAGAGUGGGAAAGCCAUGUUCCAGUUGACGGGGGACUAUUACAAUAGAGCACUGUCUGGGUGGGAACCCUUUGUGGAGCCCUGGAGGUGCAAUGUAGUCUGGGAACAAGUGGAUAAUAAACUAGAUGUGUUAAUAUCAGCCUCUGAAGUGUUGAAUUUCAACCUGACCAGUACAUUGAUUGAUCAGUAUAGUAAGACCAAAUCAGUGUGGACAGAGGACUACUAUAAAGUCACUGACAGCCCUAAGGAGAGCAGUCCCCCCUCAGGUGGGAAAUCAUCACUGACUCAGUCACCUGGUUCUCCCACCUCUGACUCCCUUAAAAGGAGAGUCCCGUUUGUUCCAUUCACUCUGAGGAAUGAGACAGGCAGUACGCUCUGGUUCCUGACAGUGACAACCACCCCAUCUAAAGUGCCGUCAGGGAAUCGCUCCCAGAAGCUGGAUGAGGCUUAUAUCCAAGCCACUAGCUGGAGGAUGGUGAGUCCAGGUCAGCAGGUGCCCUUCUUCAUACAGGACAGGGAAAAAAUGAGGCACAAGAAAUCCCAUGAGCUUCGUGUACACCAGCUGGUAGUGAAGGUGGAUGGCUGGCAGAGAGUCUCGCCAGUCUCUGUGGACAAAGUAGGAGUCUACUUCAGACAUGCUGCUGCAGAAAUCAAGCCUGCAAUCAAACAGGGUUCUGCCCUACCCCCAGCUCGGAUAGUGUUUGAUGUCCAACAGGAAGGAAGUGCCAAGAAGGUGGUGACCGUGAGAUCUGCUCUAAUGCUGGUGAACCAGCUUCCUUCUACAGUCAAUGUCAGGAUGGAAAAUGUCCACACAAAUGAAAAUGGGUUCACAAUGCUGGAGAUUCCUGUCAAUGGGAAAGUCCCCAUCCCUCUGAGACAUGUGCCAUCUCGCCUCUGGAUCAAGCCUUCUGAUUGGUCAGUAGAGUUUUGUGACAGAGCCAUUCAUUGGAACCAUGUCACCAAAGCAGGAGAGGCACACAACAGCGUCAGGAUAUGCAGGUUACCUGCCUCCAGCACACCAUACAGGUUCUGUGUGGCUGUGAAGAGGGAGAACUACCCGGAGGACUCAAAGAUGUGUCAGCAGACAGACAUGUUACCGGGUCACACCAUCAGUCUACAGCCCACCAUUGUCCUCAUCAACCUGCUACCCAUAGAGCUGAACUACUACAUGAGGGACACAGACAUCAGCGGUAGUAUUAAGUCAGGCAAGGAGGCCGCACUCCUCACAGCUGACCCAAGCCAGCACCAACACCUGGGCAUCCGGUUAGAGAACUUCCCCACAUGUAGAGAGCUGAACAUCCCCCCGGGGACCACCCAGUACAAGGUCAAACUGAGGCUACAGGACCUGGAAAACAGACUGUUGGAACUCACAGUCAGACUGGCCGCACCUAGAGGGGGAUCACUCAGGGUGUCUAUCUCUGCUCCAUACUGGCUCGUGAAUCGGUGUGGUCUACCCCUUAUCUUCAAACAGGACUUUUCGUCGUCUCUGGCAGCUGGUCAGUUUGAGGAACAUGAGCUUGCACGCAGCGUCUCACCGCUUCUCUUCAGUUACACGGAGAAAGAAUACCCCUUCUUGUGUACAAUGAGAGUGGGGAGUUCAGUCCAUGGUGCUGAGGGCUGUCCCAACUGGUGUCAGCGAUUUUCCCUGGAGAGUGGAUCGGGAUUCCGUCAGCUUCACGUGAUGCACCAUCCGUCCAAUCGGCCGUCGUGGGUGUACAAUGUAGGGAUAGAUGUUCGACAGGGGCGUGGUCUCUUCAGGGACACACACAUCAUCACCUUUGUACCCAGGUACGAGAUUGACAAUCGCUCCAGACACAAGUUAGCCAUCUCUCAACGCCACCUGGCUACGGGCAAGGAUUCAGGACGCUUCCUCUUGGCUAUGCCUAACUGUUAUCUGCCAUACCAUUGGCCUAGACUUGAUUUGGACCAGCUGUUGUGUGUCAGACUGGCUGAGAAGCCCAGCUGUAUGUGGAGUGGAGGGUUUACCAUUGACAGGGUGGACUCUUUCCAUGUUAUACUGAGGGAUUCAGAAGGAGGGACUCCCCUGUUGCUAAAAGUGGAAAUCCUACUGGAACGUUCCACAUUUUUCAUCGUGUUCACAGAUUCUGAAGAGCUUCCACCUCCCUUCAGGAUUGACAACUGUUCUGACGUACCAGUUGUCUUCUACCAGUCCAAAAUCACCAGUGAAGCCUUAAGAACAGUAGUGCGGGAAAACACAUCAUUUAAUUACUCCUGGGACGAGCCAACUUUACCACCACACAUCACAGUCAAGGUUCAAGGAGGAACCAGUGCCACCUACAACAUGGACACCCUAGGGGAAGGGGAGCAACUCUGCUACCAGAACUUCAUCUACCUGGCUGCAACAGCAACUUUUGAGAAAGGUUUUGUGCACCCAGUUGAAAGACCUGGUAACCUAUCAGAGAGGAGACUGGUACUUGAUGUCCAACACAACAACCAUGUGGUCUUCAGGAAAAAGGAGCAGGGUAAGAGGAGUCAGUUGUGGCGGAUGACAAGUAAGGGUUUGCUGGAGCAUGAGGGGUCCACCCCUCCCCGUGACCCCAGCAACCCCUCACGCGUCACCAACACACUCGUCCUGGACAUCGCUGAUAUUGCAGCCCAGCCAGAGAGGAUGGUGCCACUCAUGCUGAAGAAACCUGAUGAGAGGAGGCGCUCCACGCAGACAUGGAGCUUUUCUCAGGAUGGUCGACUGUGCUGUAGUUUGGGUGAUCUGACAGUCCAGGCUAUUGCUGGUGUGGAUGGUCUCCAAGAUGGAGCCAUAGCUGUGAUUGGCCCCUUCCCCAAGAAGACUGAGUUUGUCCCCCUGCACAUGUUGAUCUCACGACAACGCCUUCGGCCAGGCUCAGGCUGUCUGGCAGUUCACAUCCUUAUGGAUGGUCCCACACGAGUCCUGCAGAUUUCUGACAUUCAGUCAACAAAGAAGGUUGUUAACUCUGAUGGGGAUUGGCUAUUAUGUGGAGAUGACAUGAAAGCACUCUCUGGAGAAAGGCAGGACCAAGGCAAAGAGGAUAACCAACGGGACCUUCAUUUGACCCUGAACUUGAAGGGUGGUCUGGGCAUUUCACUGGUGAACAAAGUCCCUGAGGAGUUGAUCUAUAUUAGUCUACAGGGCAUCCAGGUUAUCCUCACCUCCACACGUACUGAUGCUACCUUCAGCAUGACAGUGGCCAAUACUCAGAUUGACAGUCAGAUGUUGGGCUCUCUGAGACAGGUGUUGUUGUAUGUGACCCCACAGAGCAGCAGAGAUGUCAUGGACAACACCCCAGCUUUAAACAUCACAGCACAUAAAAUACACAACACCAAGUGGAAUGCUGAAAUCUUCAGACACCUGAUCGUGUCGAUGAAGAAGCUGACAGUACAGCUAGAGGAAAAGGUUCUGUGGAGACUGUUACAGUUUGUGGGGUACAACCAGACUGAUCCCGAGCUACAACAUCUGAAGGAGAGCGAUGUCGGAUCUCACAAGAUUGUGAUGGCAGCCACCUCAUUACAGGCAAAGAGGUAUUACUUUGGGAUCCUGAAAAUUAACAUCAGCCGUCUGGCACUGAGUAUGGUAACCAGCAGCAAACUGCCCAGUGACCUUCAGGCUAUCAAGACCUCCAUGGCCAUGCCGCUGGUCAAGUUUGAGGAGGCCAAGGUGGAUCUAGAUCCAUUUGUCCGAUCUCACCCAUUUGAAACCACUACAUUCCUCUUCAAUGAAAUGAAGCGCCAUUACACUGAGGAGUUGAAGUCUCAGGCAGCCAAGAUUCUGGGCUCUGUGGAUUUCCUUGGCAACCCCCUGGGUCUGUUCAAUGACAUGGCUGAGGGAAUCUCUGGACUGAUCAAAGACGGGAAUCUGGGAGGACUGGUGAAGAAUGUUGCUCAUGGAUUCAGCAACUCUGCGGCCAAGGUGACGGGCUCCCUGUCCGAUGGCCUGGGUACUGUGACAAUGGAUGAAAAACACAACCAGACAAGGGAACAGAUCAAGGAGCAGCACGGCAACAGUGGCAGCGGCCAUCUUGUGGCAGGAAUCAAGGGGUUGGGCUACGGCCUGUUUGGAGGCCUGACCAGCAUUGUGUCUCAGACAUAUGAAGGAACACGAGAAGAUGGCAUUGAGGGUUUCUUCACAGGCCUAGGUAAGGGAGUGGUGGGGACAGUGACUAAGCCUGUGACCGGAGUGCUGGACUUUGCCUCCGAGGCUGCCAGCGCUGUGCGGGACACAAGUAAGAACAAGUCCCAUCACCAGCCCAAGAGAAUCCGGGAUCGUCGUUGUUGUCUGGGUCCUGGGGGACUGCUGCCUGUCUACUCUCAUCAUCACGCGGAGAACCAGAAGUUCCUCUAUGCUCUCAAUGAGAACAACUUCCAGGAGAUGUAUAUAACAAUGGAACAGUUACGGGCUACCUAUGAGGACAGCCUGCGUGCUCUGAUCACCAGUGAACAGGUAUACUUCUUGAAGAAGGGAGAACCCGAUACAGAUAACAUUGUGUUCAAGGCCAAGUACAGGGAGCUGCGAAACUGCCGCAGUGUCACCAGGGAGAUGGAUGGGAUGAAAAGGUAUUACGUGGAGUUGAUCAUGCACAGCUCAUCAUCCAGUAGCAGCUCACGACAGAACUUGCGACAGCCUCAGGUGCGCUGCGACAAGGAAAAGAUCGCACAAAAGGUAGUUCAGCAGAUCAUGUAUGCCAAAAGCCUGUACGAGGAGAGGACCCAUACAUUAGUGAUGGACCCAUCGUCAGAAGAUAUGGACCAAUGAAUGGCCUUCUCAGGGUCAUGUGAUAUGUGCCAAAGGUGUCUGUGAUACUGCAUGGUGAUAGACAGGCAUAUGUUAUAUAUUGAUGUAUAAAGGACAGGGUUAACACAGAACCUAUGUUAGAUACUAGUGUGAUAUCACUUAGGUACAUGUAUACACAUGUGUACAUUCUCAGGAUAUUUGUUAAAUUGAUUGUGUAGAAAUUGUGCAAUUAUACAGGUGGUCAAGGACGUUUGUCUGUUUGUGUUUAUUAGCUUUAGUAGCCUUAUGGUAAAUAGUGUAAGUCUAGGCAAUAAACUGGCACUGGUUGUUUGUCAUGAAUUUUUUUUUUUUUUUUUAUGCGUGAAGAGCCAAAUUUGGAAUGGGAUUUACGUGUUUAAAGAUAAGUUUGUUUCUUCCUAAAUCUGCAGUGUGUUUAGGGUUUUGAAGUAGGAUAGAACAUAAAUUGUAAAUGAGUGUGAAACAAGAAACAUGUAGGUUAUGAAAGGCCAACUGCAGCAUUUCACGUCCUUAUUUAAAGCAGACGUUUAACUGAACUUCAGCAACUAUAUGACAAGGGCCUAAUGUUAAUGAGUCAUAGAAAUGCUACCCUGAAAGAGCCUUAAUGGCAUUUAAUUGUUUUUUUUGUUUUUUUUUUUUCAAAUUGAGCCUUGAAGGGACAAAUUUUGUCCAGGGUUUUAAUUCUCAAGACCUUCAAAGUUGUUUUUGAUGAAACAAAUAUGUUGCGCAGGUAUUAUAAGCAAUUUUAAGCAAUUUGUCUCAUUGGUUUGAAAUGAAACAGUGUUGCUUUAGUUUAAUUCCUGUAAGGUUCAAGAAAGAUUGUUUCAUUUACUUCCUCAGUCAUCACCAAGAGGGAAUAUUGCUCUGAUCGUGUGGUAAAAGUGAUACACUGUGUUAGGAAGGAUUUAAAGAAUUAAAGCAAUUUCUGUUUGUUUUUUUUUUGAUAUAUAAGGCCAAAUGUCAAGGUAAACUUGAAAGCAUUUUAUUGCCGCCAAAAUCUUGUUAAUCAGCCAAUAAGCUUAGCAAAAAGAAACGAAGCGAUACUCUGAGUAAUCUGUGAAGACGCUUUCUUCAUAUUUCUUUAUUUUGGUGUAAGUUUAAUUUGUCAUCUUCAACAAAUGAAACAAAACAGAUAAAGACUUUGUUCAAAAAAUUAAUAGUGUCAACAAUGUGUUGUCUCCAUUUGUUUGGAGUAUGUGUGCUUUUUGCUUCAGCCGGCAGCUGCAUUGCUAACAAGGUAUAAGUUACGCCUAGUUUUGGUUUUAUGCAUCCCCCUUGAAUCACUUAUAUGAUCACCAUAUCCUGCUGUAGCAGCUUUCAGGGGGCUUAUUUGUAUAAGUUGUUGUUGUACAUACUGCUUAUCCCACCCCUUACUCUGUACAAUCAUAGGCAUGUAUAUACUUAGAAUUGAUCUUGAUGGAAGGAGACCAAGUACUUGACAAAGGAAUUGUAGAAAUUACAAAAUUUUUUUUUUGGGUGGUAAAUUGUUGAAGUGAUAGAGAGUUGGUGUCCAGUGUUCUAUGGGGUGGGAAAAUUUGUACAUAUACAGUGUAUAGCAGGUUUUAAGAGAGUUGCGUUCACAUGGUGUGAUUCGUCUUAUUGACUCAUUACAUUCGAUUCCUUGAAUGAAAAUAUGAUAAACCUAUUUUAUAAGUGAGGUUCACAUAAUUUGAUUUGUUGAAUGCUACAAAUGGUUAGUCCUGUUUUCAUUCAGCUGGUUGAAUUUGAUGUGUUGAUACAACAAAGAUGCAUGGUGGGAAUGUGCCUUUUCAGCAUAUGCUCAUUCUUGGACCUAUGCAUAUACAGAUUCAUGUACGAACUGGCAUUUAAAUUAAAACUUGAUAAUUUAUUUUUUGUUUUAUUUUCAGUGCUUCGUUCAUUUUUUUUUUGUUAAACAUAAUUUUCCUUAUGUUAUCAGUAUUUCAGUUUUAGAGACUUAAAUGGAAUGAUUUUCCAAAUAGGAAAUGCAGAAGAUAGUCAGGGUUGAAGUAUUAUUAUGUGUUAUUGUUUGUUGUACAUGUGGGUUCACACUCUGCUGUGAAUGGUAACAAUGCAGUAUUGGAUGAUUGUCAAGAUAAUAAUGUGUGGCAUG